AUGUCUCAAUUUCAGCUUGUUGUGGCCACACGGGCCAAUCAUGCCUCUGUGCUGCCUGUUCUGCUGGUUGCAAGCUCUAUCAACGAGGCUAGUUCCAGUGCUGUGAUCGACAUCACCUACGAGGACACUGCUCUGCUUGAGGCGGACGAGAAGGCGGUUGUGAAGUUUGUUGGUGCCAGUGGAACUGCUGCUAUCGGUCUGGACAACGCCAUCGAGGAGCUGCGUGCUACUUUCCCUCACCUGAUCGGGAAGGAUGACAAGCAGGAAGCUCAAUGGCUGUCUCAGCUUGAUGUGCUUUCCGCUCUCGAUUUCAAGGUGCUGGAUCCUCACCUGCAGCGCCUAGACACCCACCUCCUUCUCCGAACCUUUAUCGCUGGAUACUCUCUGUCCACGGCUGAUAUCGCUGUCUGGGGUGCCCUGCGUGGCAACCGGGUUGCUGUCUCGGCGUUGAAGAAAGGUAGCUUGGUGAACCUGAGCCGUUGGUACCUUUUCGUGGAGGAGCUGUGCCCAUGGACUGUCCCUGCUGUUCAGACCCUCAAUGCUGCCGCCAAGGAGAAGAGGGCUGCUGGUUCGAAGGCUGGUGCGAGCUACGACAUUGCUCUCCGUGAUACUGAGAAGGGCGUUGUUACUCGUUUCCCUCCUGAGCCAUCUGGAUAUCUUCACAUCGGUCACGCAAAGGCGGCUCUCUUGAACGAUUACUUUGCCCACGAGAAAUAUGCUGGAAAGCUGAUCGUGAGAUUCGACGAUACCAACCCUUCUAAGGAGAAGGCGGAGUUUGAGAGCUCCAUCAUCGAGGAUCUAGCUCUCAUGGGCAUCAAGCCCGAUCAGAUGACCUACACUAGUGAUUACUUCGACGAGCUCUACGAGUACGGUGUGCAAAUCAUCAAAGAUGGCAAUGCCUACGCGGAUGAUACCGAUAAGGAGACCAUGGCUCACCAGCGCAUGCACGGGCUGCCCAGUCAGCGCCGUGAUACCUCCAUUGAGGAGAGUCUUGCUCGCUUCGAGGAGAUGAAGAAGGGUACUCCCGAGGGUCUCAGGUGGUGCAUCCGUGCCAAGCUCUCUGUUGACAACCCCAACAAGGCCAUGCGUGAUCCGGUCAUUUACCGCUGCAACCUUACUCCCCACCACCGCACAGGCACCCAGUGGAAGGUCUACCCCACCUACGAUUUCGCCUGUCCCAUCGUUGACUCCAAGGAGGGUGUCACCCAUGCCCUGAGAACCACCGAGUACCGUGACCGCAACCCCCAGUACCAGUGGAUGCUGGACACUCUCAAGCUUCGCAACGUGCAGAUCUGGGACUUUGCUCGCAUGAACUUCAUCCGCACUCUGCUAUCCAAGAGAAAGCUCACCAAGCUUGUUGAUCAGGGCACUGUCUGGGGGUGGGAUGACCCUCGCAUGCCGACCAUCCGCGGUAUCCGUCGCCGUGGUAUGACCAUCCCUGCCCUGAGAGAGUUCAUCCUCAAGCAGGGGCCUAGCAAGAACAUCACUCUGAUGGAGCCUUCCGCCAUGUGGGCUGUCAACAAGAAGUACAUCGACCCUAUUGCUCCCCGCCACACGGCCAUUGCCAAGAACGGCAUGAUCAAGGCCGUCGUGAACGGUGCUCCCGCCACUCCUUAUACCGAAGAGAAGCCGAAGCAUGCAAAGAACGCAGCCGUUGGUACCAAGAAGGUGGCCUACAGUGGCGCAGUCCUCAUUGAGCAGGAAGACGCCAAGCUUUUCAAGCAGGAUGAGGAGAUCACCCUCAUGAACUGGGGCAAUGUCAUUGUUCGCAAGAUCGAGACCGAUGCCGCUACUGGCGCCGUCACUGGUCUCGACUUUGACCUCCAUCUGGAGGGCGAUGUCAAGAAGACCGAGAAGAAGGUCACCUGGCUGGCCACCGAGGGCCAGGAGCUCAUCCCCGUGGAGCUCGUGGACUUUGACUACCUGCUCAACAAGGACACUCUCGGCGAGGAUGACGAGCUCGAGGAUGUCUUGAACCCCAAGACCGAGUUCCGCGAUGAAGCCUUUGCCGACGGAAACGUGGCCGACCUGAAGGUGGGAGACAUCAUUCAGUUCGACCGCAAGGGCUUCUACCGCGUUGACCGCGCCUACGCCCCGGGCACGCCUGCGGUCUUCUUUAACAUUCCUACCGGUAAGGGUGGUAAAUAA